GCUCCGGAUCCUUGCGCACUAAAGGAACCGGGGAGAUUAUCACUUCGGAAGCGGGUCAGUCGGUACGUGUGUUUGUCGUCCUCGUCCUCUUUUUUACCGUGUCGGUGGUGCGCAGAUUUGGAACCGGAGGCUCAUGCUGGAUCUGGAGAGGGAGUUACGCGGACGGUGCGGAGGGAGAGACCGGGGGAGCGCGUUGUUCACAGGAUCUGGAGAGCCAUGGAGAACAGUUUGUGCUUGAUGCCAGACGCAGAGGACACCGGAGCUAAAGUGCUGGAGAGCCUGGACAUGACGGAGCAGGAUUUUACUGAGCGCCGGCUCGGACUGGUGGACAAGAUCCCAUUAGUGAAACCUUAUUUCAAGAAGAAGCACACGCAGAGAAAACUGGAUGCUAAGUGCUUACGGUCUCUGGAGGACCCUAUUUUAAGUACGAUACUCAGUUCGGAUGAUUUGGUAGCUGGAGAUGGUGUGUUUGUGCCGAGGAAUCCAGCGCCGGCUGCUGGGCAGCAGAGUCUCAUGUGUGUCGCCGCAGUGGCUGUGGAGGCGCAGACCAAUGUGGGCGCUGAUGAGCUUGCGGGAAACGAGCAAAAAGCAGCACAAGUAACCAGCGAUUCCUCGGCGAACGACACAGCCAUGGUGGUCGCAGUGCCACAGGUGGCACGCGAGACGGACAAGACGGGUGGCACCUAUGCCACGGAGUCAUCGCAGGGUUCGGACUUGAACGGUGAGCUUUUCCGGGACAAGAGUGACGAGGCCUCGUUGGAUCUAGUGUUCGAGCUGCUGAUGCAGCUGCAGUAUCACACGCGUCCAGACGACAUGCCCAUCUGCGUGGAUUUUUUGGGUGGUACGUGUAUAUACGGCUGCGACUGCGUGCGGCAUCACACCGCACUCCCGUAUCACUGGCAGAUACGGCGUGCGGACACACGGGUGUGGCAGAGCGUGGCGGAGGACGCCCAGGAACAGCUGGAAAGACUCUACUGCAACCCGGACUUCCAUCAAGUCCGACUCAGAUACAUGAAUCGACUGUUCAUGCUGGACUUCAGUACCAUGCGGGUCUGUGACCUGGAGUUCGACCUGGUCAGACGCUUGUCCACGCCGUCCAGUUUCGGUGCUGGGUCUUCUAGCGCGAGCCCCGCCUCCGGUACGAACCCCGCCCCCUACUCCGCCCCCAACUACCUGACGGUGUGGAAGUAUUACUGCAGGGACAGUUUCGGCUGGAGGGAGUACUCCGAGCCUGUGGUGCAUCUGAUAGAGGAGGCGAAGGAGCGUGGUCUGAAGGAGGUGCGCUUCAUCACGCUGCAGAACCAGUACAUCCUGAACAUCCGCGAGGGCUUCCAGCAGAACGCCGUCUUCGGGUUCCGCCGGCAGAUCAAGAAGCGGCCGCUGUUCAUGUCGUCCGUCAGACUCUCGCCGUACCUGCAGACUCUCGGUGGGCUCUGCGCUCUUGACGUAGCCGGGCAGCAGCCCCUCUCGCCCACGUCCACCUCUGCACCCAGGAUGUUCCCCGAGACCUGGGUACCCAUGAAUCCCAACCAGGACUUCCUGCAGGUUCCAGUCUCACGCGAGGACCGUAGCUACCGCACAGUUUACAACCUCUUCCACAAGACCGUAUCGGAGACCAAAUUCCGCAUCCUGAAGAUCCUUCGGGUCCAGAACCCCUUCCUGUGGGAGAAAUACAAGAGGAAGAAGGAGUACAUGUCCCGGCGCAUGUCAGAAUCCGAACGCCUCCUGAACGAGCGCCACCUGUUCCACGGGACGUCGCAGGACGUCGUAGAGGGCAUCUGCAAGCACAACCUCGACCCUCGGGUGUGCGGCAAGCACGCCACCAUGUUCGGCCAGGGCAGCUACUUCGCUCGGAGGGCGGCGUACUCGCACAGCUUCGCCCGCCGCUCGUCCCGCGGGGUACACUACAUGUUCCUGGCCAAGGUGCUCACGGGAAAGUAUACGGUCGGCAACCCGGGCAUGAGGCGGCCGCCCCCGCUGUGCCCGCGCCAGCCUGCCGGGGACCUGUUCGACUCGUGUGUGGAUAACUGCGUGGAGCCGCAGAUCUUCGUCAUAUUUAACGACGAUCAGUGCUACCCUUACUUCAUCAUCCAGUACGAGGAGGUGUCGAGUCUCGUCAACAUCUGAGGAGAAGAAAUAACACGCGGAAAAUCCAGUAAUGGAGGAUGGGCGCGUCCGGGCUUGGGACUUUCCGCGCCCCCCUCGCUUGAGGAGUCAGAGGAGCAUAAAUAGGUGCGAUAUUUGGAUGGUACAGACCAGCAUGUCUGAGUAACUGACCAGCACGUUUUCAUCCUCUAGCUUUGGACUGGUGCGCCUUCAAGUCAGCGCCCGUUGUUUAGCUGUCAGCGUCAAUGGCUGUGUGACUUUUCCAGCCCUCGUUCGGACUCCCGCACGCCGACGGUCCAUCAGUCAGACUCGACACCCUCAUCGAUCAUCAGCUUUGACGUUUUUUUUUAUUUCUUAAGACUCGAUCCUCCCGCAUUUUGGCGUCCGUCAGAACUGUGAGAGCUUGUACAUACAUUUGAACUGUGUGCCUUUUGUUCAUAAAUAUAUUUAUGUUAGUUAAUGUUACAAAUAAAAAAUUGAAAGUAAA